CAGAAUAGGAGCUCGGCACCAUCACCACAACAAUAGGCAUAACCACAACAAGAAUGCAGCUCCCAAAAGCAGCCACAUUGCUGGCCUGCACAGCAGCAGUCCAGGUGCAGGCCUUUUCCAACUCGUCGCCAUUUGUACUCUUCUCCACAGCCAGCCUCCCGCAAAUUCCGGAGUCGGCGCAAGGCCAGCUCCAAACUAGCGCCCAGGUUCUCGCCUCGGCAAAGCAGCUCCUCGCGUCGUGUCCGACCGAGCGGUACAUACUGGUAUCGCAACCGAACCUGCACGCGGCUGACAUUCGCGACGAUGAUGGGCCGGACCGAGGCGACUGCCGCAUGCCGUUCCUGUGCCGCGCCGUGGCCGGCGAAGGAAUCUCGCACUUCAGCGUCGCCGAGGUGGUUGGCCAGGUCUCCGGGCGGCCGCUGGACGAGUUCAUCAAGACGGUGUGCGCGGAAAAGGGAAAGCAGGUCCAUGUCGAUCGGGUUGAGUUGAAGCAUCUCCCUCCCGCCUCGCUCAUUGAGGGGAGGGAUAGGAGGGAGGUCUUGGAGGAUAACGAUUUCGAGCUCGACCGGUUGCUUGAAACCCUGGAUGGCGACUACACUGUCUUUAUGUUCUCAGAUCCGAAUGAGUUCAAGGCGUACGAGCCCGAAUUUAUCGAGGCGGUGCAUGUAGACCUCAAGCGCUGGGCCGAAGAGGACGAGAUGGUCGCCAAGAGGAAGUCGAACUCGACGAGUAACUUGCCUCUGUUCGAGAAAUAUCAGUUCUUUACGCCCGGUGUCUUCAUGUCUCUUUUUGUCCUGGUUAUCCUACUUUCUAUUUUGGCUGUUGGUCUGAAGGCACUUUCAAGCCUGGAGGUCUCUUAUGGGGCGUUCGACAAGGAAAUGGGGCCUGCUGCCCAGAAGAAGCAGAUGUAAAACAGGUAACAACUGUAUGUGAUGGCUGGCGAAUACGGCCUGGCUUGUAAGGAUCUGUAGCAUACCUACUUGGGUUGGAGUUGGGAGGUUUGGUUUAGAGCAGGGUAUCAAUAUCUAGAAUUUCAGUGAUGCCGUUCCCCAAGAGCC